AUGACAAUGACAACAAGGCAGGCGUUGAUCUGGACUCUGGUGGCGGCCACGACCCUUCUUCUGGCCACGACCGCGGGAAGUGCCGAGGCGCAAGGAUUCUUCCACCACGGGCCUGGCCAACGCCAACGCAGCAUGUGGCCAAGCAUGUUUCCUUCCUCCUUCCACGAGAGCAGCGGCGGCGGGCUCUUCGGUGCGCCAUCGUUCGCACGCUGGCCAAGCCACAGGCACCAGCGCCAGCAGCAGCCACAGCGGCAGCGGCAGCGCGAUCCCGCAUGGGAGUUGCAGCAGCAGCGCGAGCGGGAGACGCGACAGCUCAAUCACUUGCUGUCGCAGCGCCAGAGCCUUCAAGCGGAACGAGAGCGCAUCGACCAGCAGGAGCAGCGGAUCCACGGGGAACUGGCCAAGGCCGAUGGCGUGUGGCGUGAUCUCGCUGUACAACGGGAGCGCUUGACGCAGCAGCAAGGCGGCAUGCCGCGCCACGCCAACUGGAGGCAGAUGCGCCGACUGCAGCAGGAGGAGGCGUAUGUGCAGCGGUACGUGCGCGAGCGCAGGUACAAGCUGGAGCAGCUUGCCUCAUACCGGGCACAGCUCGGCGACAAGGACAGCCAGCUUCAAGCCGCCAUCCAGCAGCAAGAGGCCAAGCUCGACGCAUUGACGACUGGGGACAAUACCAAGCACGCAAGCGAGAACGGCAGUGCUGAUGGACGUGCGCAACAACAACAGCCGCAAUCCGACAGUGCUCCACAGGGUGGCAAGUUUGUCAAGCGCGUGCGCGUGAAGGACGGAUCGUCCAUUCCAUCCACACCAUCCACAUCAUCCACACCAUCGUUUGAUCGAACAAGCGGGUACCUCGUGGACGAGGAUGGCCUCAAGUGGCAAGCGGGCGGCAUCUGGGUUGGCGAGCCGGGCGGCAGCCAUGACGGCGCUGCUUCCAAGGCAGCGACCAGCACCGACGAGCGUGACAGCAGCCAGGAGCUGGGGGAUGCCAUGCGGGAGAUUGACGCUUUCCUUCGCCAACAAGCACGUUGA